UCUUGUUCCCCUUGUUCUUUGGAAGUGUACUCAAUCAAAAGAAACUGCUUCAUCUUCUCCUGGAUGGGAUCAGUUACUUCUUGUGGACCCAUUCCGAACAGAUCCCAUUCGUUAUUAAGCGUUUUGCAACAUUAUUAUAAUCCCGGGCGACAUUCCCCGUCGACUCCGGCAGUUCUCGGCUCGGCAGUAGCAAUCGUGUCGAAAAUUGACUUGUCAUGUGCAAUGCCUGGGAGAGCCAAGUGAAAGACGAAAUAGAUUAGAAUGAGGCGACGUGAGGUGAUGUUUUUACCCUUUCUCGUGGACGUUUGGCUGCUCGUUCUUUUGAUUUACGGGAGUGGUGGUCAAGUGGAAGCGAAUGCUGCCGCCACGACAUUGGAGGAAAACGAACGGUUCCCUUCCAAACUUGUACCUGACAAUCUCCAAGGCGAACUCGGUGGUCGAUCGGACUUGACGCCCCGACAACCCUCCAAGGUUGAGAAUUUGGGCUCGAUUCUGAAGCGAGGAGUGGCCAGACUGAGGAACCAUCCCCACCAAGAAGUGGAUCUCGUUUUCCUGGUGGAUUCAAGUGCCUCCGUUGGAGCGGAGAAUUUCCACAAUGAAAUAAAAUUUAUCAAAAAGCUUCUAGCGGACUUCACCGUGUCCUUCAACACGACUCGGGUGGUGGUGGUCACGUACAGCUCCGUAGAUCAAGUGAUCCGUCAAGUGGAUCACAUUUCCAGUCCCUCGCCCCUUUUCCAGAAAUGUUUCUUGCUCGACGAGGAAAUCCCAGCCAUUUCGUACAACAGCGGAGGCACUUACACCUUAGGAGCACUCAUGCAGGCCUUGGACGUGCUCCAGCAUGCUCGAACGUAUUCGACCAAGGCCGUGUUCCUCAUCACAGAUGGCUAUUCCAAUGGUGGAGAUCCAAGACCCACGGCCGACCUUUUGAAACGCCUAGGCGUGACCUUGUUCACUUUUGGGAUCCGAAAUGGCAAUGUAAAGGAGCUUUUGGCCAUGGCCUCAGAGCCUAAGGCCGAGCAUAGCUUCAUCUUGGAUUCGUUCCAAGAGUUCGAAGCUCUCGCCAGAAGGGCCCUUCACGAAGAUCUGUCCUUGGGUGGAUACGAACCCGAGUCUCCAACGGCAUGUUCCAAAUUAUGUGCGUGGAAUGACCUGUCGCAAGUACCCGUCUCCAGUGGCUUUUGUUGUGAUCCCCGAGCCAUGUGUGCCUGUGGAACACACACGGGUCAACAUUUAUGCCUUUGUCCACCGGGCUAUUUCGGCCAAGGGAUCCAAGAAGGCGGAUGUCAGGCUUGCCCAGAGGGCACUUACAAACCCCAAGUGGGUCCAGGGGAACGGGAAAGUUGUCAAAGGUGUCCUUUGCCUCAUCAAACGAGCCCUCGAGCAAGUACGAGUCAAGAACAAUGCUCGUGUCAACCCGGAUUCCAUAUGAGCGAGGGAAAAUGCCAGAGACUGGACUGUCCUCCCUUGUACCCACCGGCCAACGGCCAUUUCAUCCGCGACCACUGCAUUAACGUGUUCAACUCUGCGUGCGGCAUUCGGUGCCAUUCCGGCUUUCAACUUCAGGGCUCGGCUGUGCGGACUUGUUUGCGCAACGCCACAUGGAGUGGAACCGAGACGAGGUGUCUGGCCAAGUCCUGCCGCUCUUUGAACGCACCCCGUAAUGGACAUAUUCAGUGUUCCACUACCACGAGCCCCAAUGCCAUCAUCCGCCAUGGUCACGAGGUGGACACGGAAUGUCUCUUCUCGUGUCAGGUGGGCUUUCGAUUGGUCGGGUCCCGACGACGCUCCUGUCUGCCCAAUGCCCUCUGGACCGGACUUCCUGGAUAUUGCCGACCCAUAACCUGUCCCGUUUUGCGACGUCCCAAUCAUGGAGACGUCUAUCCUCCUCAGUGUGGCCAACGCAAGAUGCCCUUUGGUCGGCGAUGCGCUUUCUCUUGUCACGCUGGAUUUCAAGUUCAAGGUCCCGCGCUUCGAGAAUGCGUCAUGCCUGGCUUAUGGAGUGGCAGCCCUCACAGCACCAGAUGCGUGGAUGUGGCGUCACCAAUAAUUGAUUGUCCUCCAGACCAAGAAGUCGAGGCUGCUCGGGAUCGUCAUUAUGCCGUGGUCCAUUUGGAAAUACCUCAAGCGAGCGAUAACUCUGGCUUGGUGCCUAAUGUUUUGUCAUCUCCGGUUUUGGUGCCGGGGCAGCCCAUGAAAUUGAAAAUUGGUGUCACGACCAUCCGUAUCUCUGCUAGCGACCUCUCCGGGAACCGAGCUAAAUGCGUCUUCAAGGUUACUGUCAAAGACACUCAGGCCCCAACGGUGGACUUUUGUCGCUCUCCACCACCAUUUCUGACUCAACCUGGCUUGGGCCAUGCCGAUGACAUCGAAUGGGAUGAGCCGAUAUUUCACGAUAACUCCCUGGGCCCUCUAAGGGUGAACCAAACCAAGGAAUUUGGCCGAUAUAUGCUCGGAACAACCCAAGUGAUCUAUUCCGCCCAGGACGAGGCCGGGAACGAGGCCGUUUGCAAGCUCGACAUCUCAGUGCAAGAGGACUUUUGUCAAUCACCACCCGAUCCUAUUUAUGGCCACAAGAAUUGUUCGGAUUCAAUUGAUCGCGUGAUCUGCUCACUUUCAUGCCAUCACGGAUACGCCUUCGCCUUAAAUCCGGACAGCUAUUAUUUCUGCGAGAAGUACAACACUGUCAAGGAAGUCUGGCUGCCGGAAACCAACCCUCGUCCAUUCCCUGAAUGUUCCAUCAUCAGCCAUUCCAGGCUCCUUGUCACUCCUGGCCAAGUUGCCUUCAACGUUCUCCAGAAGAGGAAGAAGAAGGAGAAGGAAAAGCAACGCCAGGAAAUGGAAAUGGAACAAGGACCUGACUCCGUGUGUAGUGAUCAGUUCUUCCUGAGCCAGGUGACUAACCAUGUAAAAGUCAGAAUUCGACAAAGAUUGGAUGAACUCUGUCAGGAUCACUUGGUUUGUGACAUCUCUGAUUUGGAAGCAAUAUGCGAAGAAGUUCAACUGGAAGAGAUGAUUGCCACGAACAAGAUAUUUCGCAGAAGACGAGAUUUAAGUGGAAAGACCUCCAAUGGUUUCAAGAAGAGGCUUUCGCCUUUCGCCAACCGAGAGUUUCUGUUUAACUCGUCCAGACGAAGAUUUCCUCGAAAUGAAGAGGAUCGCGGAUUUGAAAAUAAAAGUCAAAGAGAUCCAGCCCGAUACGAAGACUUCGAGCCCGUUCGUUACAAGGAAAAACGUCAGAUGAUUCGGGUGGAUUUUCUCUUGACAGGCAAGAGUCUGCUAGAUAUGGAUAAUGGAACCAGUUGGACCAAAAUUGUGGAGGAAUUCAUCAGCGAUCUUCAUCAAGCCCAGAAUAACCUGGAACAAGCUUCUCGAACCGGGAGCUUGGAUCUGCACAUGGGGGGAAAACUACUCAUCUCAGACGGGCUCAUCUUUCGCACCAGUCAUUUUGAUUGCUCUCCUGGCACGAUGAAACGCGGAAAUAUGUGCGUCAAUUGUCCCGUGGGGAGCUAUUUCAAUGUCAUGUCCAAGGCUUGUGAACCCUGUCCAUCGGGAUCCUACCAACCCGAAGAGGCCCAACUCACCUGUCUGGUUUGUCCCGGUCAACGAUCCACUUUGUCCCAAGGAGCCACGUCGAGUCAGGAUUGCAAAGCCCAAUGUUUGCCUGGAACGUAUUCUGUGGACGGGUUGGCUCCGUGUACCACUUGCUCAUUUGGCCGUUUCCAGCCUCUCUAUGCCCAAAAUGAGUGUUUGUCUUGUCCAGAGGGAUUUGGCACCGAGAAUCGAGGCUCCCGUUUGCCACAAGAGUGUUUGGAUUUGUGCACCCCAGGAGAAGUUUCCGAAACGGGUCUAAGCCCUUGCUUUCCAUGCCCUCAGGGCUAUUUCCAACCGUUUCCAGGUCAGACAGGCUGCAUUCAAUGCCCCAAGGACAAUUGUCAAAUUGGGCAGGUGAUCAGCUCUAAGAUUUUGAGGUCGCUGCCCAGACUUGAGGUGAACGAUUGCUUCUCGCAACCUUGUGUGAACGGAGCGACUUGUUUGGCCUUAGAAGUGGGAUUUCAGUGCCAAUGUCCACCAGGAUUUAAAGGUCUCCUUUGUGAGGCUCCAAAUGAUCUGUGUGCCUCCAAUCCAUGUCUGAAUGGAGGGUUUUGUGCCAUGGACUUUUCAAUUGGAAACUACGCCUGUUCUUGUCCCGAUGGAUUCGGUGGAAUCGAUUGUGAGUUGAAUGAAGACGAGUGCAUAUCUGGUCCUUGCCAAAACGGAGCCGCGUGUGUGGAUGGCAUUAAUGAAUUCACUUGUGUUUGCCUUGACGGAUUUCAAGGUGAGGCUUGUGAGGACGAUAUUGAUGAUUGUUUGCCAGAGAACUGCUUGAAUGGAGGCAAUUGCAUAGAUGACAUAAACUCAUUCUCAUGCCAAUGCUCACCAGGAUUCAGUGGGCAAUAUUGCGAAGAUAGUGUGGAUACGUGCACCCCGAACCCCUGUCUAAACGGCGGGACUUGUCUCAAUGGAGUGCCAGGAUACUCAUGUGUAUGUUCCAAAGGAUAUCAAGGACCUGAUUGCGGACAAACCAACGAUGACGAUGAAUGCAAUCCUGAGCUCUGUCUGAACAAUGGAUGGUGCGAAAUCGGGCGGGACACUUGUUUUUGUCACUUCGGAUUUGCGGGAAAAUUCUGCGACCAAGAAUUGGUGCGGAACUUUUCAUUGGUGAUGGGAAGCCAUUCGAUGGGCGGAAACUUGGACUAUAUUCGGAUCCAUCGACCCGUUCCCGAUCUUACAGAGUUUAGUUUCUGUUUCUGGAUGAGAUCAGAGGAUCAGGACCGUUAUGGCACACCUUUCAGCUACGCAAUUGGCCCUCAAGAUAAUGAAAUUACCUUCACGGAUUAUUCGGGAUUCGUCUUGGCUGUCAAGGGAGACAAGGUCGUAACAGAUGUGACGGCCAAUGACGGAAAUUGGCACGCUCUUUGCGUUUGGUGGGAAUCGCAAAAUGGAAUCUGGGGCAUUGCGAAAGAUGGACACCGUGUUGACGGGGGUAACGGCUUGGCCACCAAUCAGACCGUUCAAGGCAAUGGAGUGCUGAUCCUGGGACAGGAACAAGAUUAUCUGGCCGGCAACUUUUCUACUCUCGAGUCGUUCCACGGCGAGUUGACAGCCUUUGAUUUUUGGCCGAAAGUUCGCCAAUUAUCAACUUGGGACCUUUGGCCCGAGGUGCCCAAGUGUCAAAGAAGAUCCGAGGCCGCCACUAAUUCUCCGGAAGAUGUGGCCAAAGUUUUUGACUGGACCGACGUGCUCGCCGACAUGAAGGGACUGAUUGUGAUUCGAGCCUUGGAUUUGUGUGCUCCUUGUCCAGAGUUGAGCGGCUCUUUCUUGGCCAAUGCCAGCCUUACUCGAUUGCCAUCCCCCCGGUUCCAACAGAUACAAAUCACGUGCGAUCCAGGGUUCAUUUUGGAAAAUGAGGACGAUGAUGGAACUCGAACAUGCACACCCAUGGGUCAAUGGACCGGCAAGCAGAUUCAAACGCCCCAAUGUCGAGAGAUCAAUUGCGGUUAUCCCGGUUACAUUUCCAAUGGAUUCAUUGUGGGCUCUUCAUUCGGAUAUCUUGAGACGAUUUCAUAUUCUUGCCGUCCGGGUUUCGCCCUCAAAGGAUCGGCUGAGAGGGUUUGCCAAAGCAGCGAACAAUGGGAACCCCUUGGUAAACCCACUUGCCAAGCACUAGGAUGCUCUUUAGAGAGUCGAUUUUUAAAAGAGCGCCAUCUGGUGAUCAGCUCCGCUCCCAAUUGGACCAUUUUGGACCCCGCGCCCCCCAUCAAAGUGCAAAUUGGUGGUCAAAUCGAGUUGGAAUGCCGUCCUGGUCACCGGAGACAUCUGGCCACGGAAACUUCCAGUCCGUCUCGGGCGUAUUUGCCUCGGCGAUUAGGGAUGUCAUCGGGACCAACGCAGGAUCCACUUAUGGACCCUUUUGUUGUUCCAUUUCAAUUGGAAUGCCUCUCCGAUGGGAGCUGGUCUGAAGAGGUGCCCUUUUGUACACCCAUCCCUUGUUGGAAGCCACCCAGGAUCGAGCAAGGCCGUGCCCUUCUAGGCCUUUCACAGACCUCGUUCGCUCCAGGAAGUAAGGUCAGAUAUGAAUGUGACCAUGGCUUCCAGUUCAGUGGGCGUCGGGAUCAUGUACUGUGCUUGAACUCGGGGGCGUGGUCCGAGCCCAAGCCACAGUGCUCUCGCGUGAACUGCGGCCAACCUCCUCUUAUUGACAACGGGCUGGUUGAAUUGGAGGGUACUCUCUUUAACCAAACGGUGUUGUACUUGUGCGAUCCCGGCUACCAAUUAAUCGGUCCCUCUUCGUUAACCUGCGGCAGAUCGGGUUCCUGGAUCGAGCCCAACCAACCAAGUCCCACGUGUCAUUUGAUCCAAUGUCCCGAGCCUCCCCAAAUAUCGAAUGCCCGUGUUCUUCGUUCUGGCUUGUCUUUUGGUGACAUGGCCCUUUACUCGUGUGGAAACGAUACCCAUGUGAUGAGGGGGAAACCCGAACUCACAUGCGAGCAAAAUGGAUCUUGGAACCCAGAACCACCCACAUGUUUGGUUCCCUCAUGCUCUUCGUUGCCAAGCUUGAGGCAACGAGGAUCCAGUUACGGUCUUGUCCAAAUAUUUCAAAUGGUUUUGGACCAAGUGGACAAUGAAGGCCCUUGGGAGAAGGGCGAAGAGAUCUUUUUAAAGUGCAAAAGAGGAUUUCGAACGCGAUCCAAUAAUUUACCCUCUCUUAAAUGCCAGUCCGAUGGGAGUUGGUCACGUCUAACCAAGGAUCCAUGCAUCCCGGAGCUUUGUGCCCUGGAUCCCAAGCCAAUGGGAUCCAAUUUGAAUAUGGAAUUCGAUUGGAUCGAGGAGCAAAGCCUCUCCAUGGGGAUGAUCGAUCAACUCAAAAUAGACAUGUCCUCACGGAAGAAAGAGUUGGACUCAUUUUCACUCUCAAUCGUUCCAAUCUCGCCAACUUUGGAGGUGGAGAGUGGGAAAUCUGAAUUUGUAGAGUCAUACCGACAUCAUCGAAAUCCAGACGAAUUCUCGUCCCUGAAUCCUCGAGAGGUUCGAGGUCAGAAGAAUUCGGAACAGCCUCGACAUUCUCACUCGAGUCUGGUCGGCGAGGAUCAUGGCAGUGGACCCAAUCUGAUCUCCUCAGGGCUUCAGGCAAACUUUCUUCAUCAUCAAAGAGCUGAUUUGGUGGAGGAAGUGGUGGAUGAAUAUUCGGAAUCAAAACCAAGGCCAGGCAAUCGUGGAAUGAGUCUGGUCGAAUCCGAACAAGUUACUUUCCAUCCGGUCGGAACACGAUUAAAGCUCUCCUGUCCAGUUGGGUUCCAGUUAUUCCAUCAGAAUUGGUCCACAUUUGAUUGUGUGGCAGAGGACACUUGGAACACGACCACUCAGAUUCACAUUUUGAGCCAACAGAAGUGUGUCCCCAGCGGAUAAUGAAUAAGUUAUUUGGUGAUAAACAAAACCUUUUCUGUUUGUGUCCAUGAGUGCAAAAGGUUGUAAGCGUGAGAAACAACCUACAGUUCAGUAGUACGUAGUUUGAAGUGAAUAAAGAGUCAACGAAAAGAUAA